AUGUUGUCUCAGCCACCACGUUCAUUCCGACGCUUCGUUGCACCGUUCAAGCCAUUCGCACUGUCUUGCUAUUCCUCACACCUCAACAAGCAACAAUCCAUUCUUUUAUAUCUUUCAUCAGUUAAUUCCGGAAUUCAAUCACAUGCGAAUGAUUAUCAUACCAACUCGGUGCAAUUUCAACAACAAGAAGCAUUUAAUCCAUUUGAAGGAAAAACAGAAGGAUUGAAAAGGAUUGAUUUUGUUAAUGUUUUACCAUCGGAUGUUGUCAAGAAUAAGAAAGAAUUACUUGUUGAAGACAUGAUUGCAGUCAAUGAAAAGAAUUUAAAUAAUAAUUAUUACAAAGAGAAUUUAAGAAAAGCAGCCUUGAAUUGGAGAAAAGAAGUCAAAAAGGUGAGAAGAGUGGAUUUAGGUCCAUUUGCAUCAGCAACCUUUGAAAAUUAUGAUAUCAAUUGGUAA